AUGCCUCUGGUGGCUGGCUGGCUGGCUGGGGACUACCUCUACCACACUGCAUGCUGCCCAGACGUGGAUGCAGGCUACUGUACAUGCAACAGUGGGUUACACAGGCACAGCUCUACUGCUGUAGCGGGUCCGCACCCAUCGCUAUCCACUCGCCUCCCCACCUCCCUCGCAUUUGUCGCCGCCUCCGCCGGUCCGCCCCAACUUGUGCCGGCCGCCGCUGCCGAUCCACCUCGCCUCGGCCGACGCGGCCCACCACGGUUGCGGCAUCUCGCCUGCCACGCCUCCACGCCGCCGUCCCCCGUCCGCCACCUCGCCUUUUCUUCUGCAUCUAGCCGUCGGUCCUCCGCGAACGGCCCUUCCCUCGCCUCCUUGCUAAUUAGUCCGUGCGAGAGCGAAGAAGGUGUCUCCCCUAUCCACGAAUUUCAGCAAGCACUCAAUCUACAAGCUCACCCGUACAGCCGGUGCUCCGUACUUCUACAUCCUUUCAUGAAAUUUCAGUGAGAAGGAAGCCUGUGCGCGUGUGUGGUCGCUGCUAUGUUCCCAUU